UCCUAGGGUUUGGUGGCCUGCUGCUGGAGUGGUCACUUCUGCUGCCAACAUGCCCACCCAGCUGGAGAUGGCCAUGGAUACCAUGAUUAGAAUCUUCCACCGCUACUCUUGCAAGGAAGGGGACAGAUUCAAGCUCAACAAGGGGGAACUGAAAAUGCUCCUACAGCGAGAACUCACGGAAUUCCUCUCGUGCCAAAAGGAUCCCCAGUUGGUUGAUAAGAUAAUGCAGGACCUGGACGCCAAUAAGGACAACGAAGUGGAUUUUAAUGAAUUCGUGGUCAUGGUGGCGGCUCUGACAGUGGCUUGUAAUGAUUACUUUGUAGAACAAUUGAAGAAGAAAGGAAAGUAAAGAUAAGUAGUAAAGUCAGAAAAUAUCCAAAGUUAUUUACUUAGUUUUCAUCUAUACCCUUCAGAUCUAUAGACACAGUAAAGUCAUUUACAAAUAUAAUAUAUAGUACAUAUAAUGAAUUGCUAGUAUUACUAAAUUAUGUGUACCUUAAUAUAUUGACUUUAUAUAAUUAUUCCAAGUCUUAUAUUCCCUACCUGAAAUUUGCCUAUUAUUAAAGAUGUUAUAUGCAUUUUUUUGGUCUGUCAAAAAGAGAGCAUCACAAAAAUUUAGCUACUUUCAAAUGAGACUAGAACUUAGCAAAUUUCUAAGACAUCCUUAAAUUGUAUUUGAACUUCUUACUCUAUUAAUUAACUAGC